AUGAAGCGGCCGAUCUUUGGUAUAGAUCGGACUGGCAACCUGAAGCGGCAAGCUGUCAACGGUUCGCGUGAUGACAUGCCUUCCCAAAGCACCGCAGCGCCCUCAUCCUCAUCCUUAUCUCAGCUCUCUCAAGAGGAGGUGCUCUCCGAGAACACAGCACGGCCCAUCAAAGACGAAAUGAGCUGGACUCUGCAGGCUGUUGGAGAGCAUGCUGGCAUAAAGCAGGAGAAGCUCGAAGAAGCGGAAGACGCGACCGCAAGCGAUUGGGCCAAUUGGGAGGCUGACACAAAGCAGGAGAAGCUCGAAGAACCAGCAGAAGCGUCGGCAAGCGAUUAG